UUCCUUCCAGCACCGCGGCUGCUUCCGGGAUACCAUCAUGGAGGUGUGAGAAGCGCAGCAGCCCGAGAGUGGCCCGGUGGACUGUCACCUUUCCCGAGUCUCUGCGAAGCGGCACCCGUCUCCCCAGGGAGCGGCCGACGGCGGGCGCCGGGUACAUGUUCCGGGUGGCUGAGCCCAACCCGAGCAGACCUCCGGCCGCCAGGAAGAGCUGGCAUUUCAGUAAGACCAUGGAGGAGCUAGUUCAUGAUCUGGUUUCAGCACUGGAGGAAAGUUCAGAGCAAGCAAGAGGAGGCUUUGCAGAUACAGGGGAUCAUUCUCGCAGUGUCUCUUGUCUUCUAAAACGUCAGGCCCGAAAGCGAAGGGGUAGGAAAAGACGUUCAUUUAACACCCAUCACCCCUGGGAGACUGGCCACUGUUUAAGUGAAGGCUCUGAUUCUAGCCUUGAGGAACCUAACAAGGAUUAUAGAGAGAACCAUACUAAUAACAAGAAAGACCAUAGUGACUCUGAUGACCAGUUGUUAGUUGCAAAACGCAGACCAACUUCAAAUUUAAAUAACCUCAGAGGCAAAAGGCCUCUAUGGCACGAACCUGAUCUAGCUGUUGAUAAUUUAGGAAAUAGGACUCUGCGUAGAAGGCGAAAGGUGAAACGAAUGGCAGUUGAUCUACCUUCAGAAGUAACAAACACACUGACAUUACUGCAACAGCAUGACAACAUUAAAGAUCAGGAAAUGGACAAUGACAACAGAUCUUGCCAACAUCAAGAGCUAACAAAGAGCAAAGUUAAAAAAAGGAAACUAGCAGCAAGUAGGCAAGGACCAGACAUUUUGGAUGAAGGCGUGGUCAUAGAGAAUGAUGACAUCAACCAGGCAAGCAAGGAUAAGAUGGAGUAUGAGGAGCAAAAGGGUUCCGAUGAAAACAUGAGUGACAGUGAGUCCAGCAGCCUGAGCAGUAGUGAUGCUGGUUUGUUUACCAAUGAUGAGGGACGACAAGGUGAUGAUGAGCAGAGUGACUGGUUCCACGAAAGUGAACCUGGAGGUGCCUGUGGGAUCACUGGGAUCAUUCCUUGGUGGGAAAAAGAAGAUUCUGCAGAACUGGAGAAAAAGUUGCCUGAUCCAGUCUUUGAAAGUAUCUUAACAGGCAGUUUUCCUCUUAUGUCCCAUUCAGGCAAGAGAGAUUUCCAGACAAGAUUUAGUCACCUUCACGGAAUGCCAGCAAGGAACAUCAAAAAAGUUGCCGGAAACCCAACCACAAUGAUUGCUGCUCCAGGCUCAUGCGGUAACAAGAAAGCUGCACAUUUGUCCCAAGAGUCUCAUCACCAUGACCAUUGGUUUAGCCCUGGGGCUAGAAAGGAACAUAGCCAGCUUCAACUCCUGCGGGACAACCGAUCAGAGAGAGGACACAAGAAAAAUAGUUCAGUGAAAACAGCAAGCAGACAGACAAGUGUCCAUUUGGGAUCCUUAUGUAUGGGUGAUAUCAAACGAAGGAGAAAAGCUGCACCACUGCCAGGACCUACUGGGUUUGUUGGUGAAAAUGCUCAACCAAUCUCUGAUAGCAACAUUGGCAAUAGGAUGCUCCAAAGUAUGGGCUGGACACCUGGUACAGGCCUUGGACCAGAAGGCAAAGGGAUAGCCGAACCAAUCCGAGCAAUCCAGAGGCCAAAGGGACUUGGACUUGGAUUCAGCUAACCGAAAAGCACUCCAGCUGCUGUUCAGACAUCAAAACGACCAACCUUAACUUUGAAAUAACUAAAAACAUUCUGUUCUGCAGUUCUCAAAACAUCCAGUGUUUCUUACUGUAACUUUUGAAUACAGAAGCCUCAAUGUUUUCUAUUAAAGCUGCAAGGGCCCAGCCAUUAGGGCAGUCCUGAUGUUUGAAUCCUAA